GCAGCAAGCUAUGGAGAUGCAUAAACGUAAAGCUAUUGAAUCCGCCCAGAGUGCUGCGGAUCUUAAACUUCAUCUGGAAAAAUAUCAUUCACAAAUCAAGGAGGUUCAGCAAACUGUAGCAGAGAAAACAUCUGCCCUUGAGGCGGAGGCAUUUAAAACUAAACGUAUGCAGGAGGAGACUGCAAUUCUUAAACGAAAGGUUGAAAGAUUGAAGAAAAUAGAAAUGGCAAGUGAUAUGGACGAAAUCUUGAAGGAAGAAAUCCGCGAAUACAAAGAAACCCUCACUUGUCCUUCUUGUAAGGUUAAAAGAAAAGAUGCUAUUUUAACCAAAUGUUUCCACGUGUUCUGCUAUGAUUGUUUGAGAACCAGGUAUGAGACUCGACAAAGAAAAUGUCCUAAAUGUAAUGCUGCUUUUGGUGCAUCAGACUACCAUAGGUUGUAUCUCUCCUAGAUGUAUUUUAUCCUGCUUAUUGAAGCGUUUCAUCCCCAACAUACCAGAAAAGAUUAAGAAACUUUUUCUUCAAAUUCUAGACAUUUAAAAAAUUUUUUCCAAAUAAAAAUAACUUCUCUGUUUUUUAUUAUUAAUGUUUUGUGUCAUCGUUACAUUGUAAAUGUUUGCAUUUUCAGACAGUUUUAUUUUAAAUUGGUUGCGCAUAAUUCUUUACCCAUUUUUACGUUCUAUUUAAGAAAGUUAUGUCGUUAUUGGACACAAAAAUGCUUAUCCUAAAAGAUGUUUGAACUACGCAUGUUAUUAAACUAUGUUACGCAUUUUUGCGUCAAAAUUGAAGUUCCGCGUAUUCCUGACAAUAUUAAUCUGAGUUACGCAUAUUUCAGAAA